GAGCUUCAAGCUGGCAGAGGCCCACUUGAUACGAGUACGGCUACUGCUGAAUUUUAUACCGAAGUUCAACAAGAUUCUCUGCACCCAGUUUUGUUGCUCUGUGGUCAAUUUCAGUUGUGCACUAAGAACUCCCUGUCAAGAGAGAGUUUUCUGCAGCUGAACUGUGGGUAAAAGAGAGAUUCUGAGUGACUUCCUUGUUUGAUCUGAUAGCAUACAGACUCAUUUUAAUGUUUUGGCGCCUACAACUCCAUAGUGAAACAAGAAUGUCUGAAAUUGUGCACACCUCUCUGAAACAACAAAAGUUUUUGAUGGAAUGAGAAAGUUGGAAAACGGAGUUUGAACAGCAAGUAAAACUAAAAAUGAGUCACGGGGUACAAGAAAACCAAGGGACAGGACUGAGAGAUGUUUUUGACGCACUCCUUAAAGCACCUCCUGAGCGCCUACUAAGCCUGACAUUCCAGCUGAGUGAGUCUCCUGAAGAUAAUAUCAUACACGCCUUGUGUCUGAUCGUCCUCCAGAAGGAGGCGCAGGCCAUGAAAAAACUCCAGAUGCUUGGGGACAACCACCUUGCUAAACAUCUGGCUGAAAAGUGGCAGACGAGUGAAGGUAAACCAGAAGAUUUUGGGAUUCAUUGUGGUAAUUUCCAAGAGUUUACACAGGAAUCUUUGGCUUUGUUGGCACGCAUUUUCAAAGUUUUGUCAGAGCAGAGGCUGUGUGAUCCACUUCUGAGAAACCUGGCAUAUCAGAGAGCCAUUUCUAGUGAUGAUCAAAAAACAAGCAGUUGUGAGGAUCUCUGGUAUGGUCAACUCAGGGAGGAAGCUAAAGCUGUCUGUGGGCCUCAGUUCGAGGAGUGGAUGUGCUCCACUAUGGAUCUCAAGCCUGGGUCGUAUUGUGACCUUCACAGGAGCCUGGAGGAAGGCAGCAAAGUCACUUUGUCCCAGGAUGAGUCAGAUAGAGCUCACAGUCUGCCCAGUCCACUGCAGGCAAGUUCCUCAGUGCUCUCAUACCCUACUCAUCUAGAGAUAAGUGUUCCUUCAACUGCCUCAUUUCAUGACGACCGAAAAAGAACUCCAGAAAUAUCAGGUGAACGUAAAUUAAACAGUCCGACUGUCCUUGUUAGUGAAUUUGGCACAGAAAAUGCCUGUGGACAGUCUCAGACUAUGUCCAUUGCACAGAAGCAAUCAAGGAUGGAUGAAACAUUUGCCGCAGAGAACAGUAAGUUGAACAGUCGUACCACUCCCACUCAGACCACCAACCUGACCAAUGAACCAAAUUUGGUACUACCUAUCACAACAAACUUUGUUCCCAAGAUGCCUGUUGCAAAUAAAAUGCAUGAAAGUAGCAAUGCAGAAGAGGAGGAGGAGGAGGAGGAGGAAACAAUAUUCUAUGCAUUUGUUAUCUUGCAUGCGCCAGAGGAUGCGGAAAUGGCCGACAGCAUGAGGGAAAAACUGGAAAAGGUCAUUGAUGGUAAAGGUGCAACUUUCUCUGAGGACUUUGCCACCCCUGGAAAGAGCUCUCUCAAGUGUGUGGAGGAUGCUAUCAACAACACAGCCUUUACACUUUUGCUGCUCACCCGCAACUUCAACACUCGCAUGCAGGACCUGGAGACAAACUCUGCCCUCAUCAACUCCAUUAACAAGAAACACAAGUACAACACUGUCAUCCCUCUGCUGCCACAGGAGAAUUGCAUGCCCAAAGAGAGCAUGCCUUUAGUUUUGAAGACGAUAAUUCCUCUCGAGGAGAACAAGAACUUUGAGAGAAAAAUCAGAAAGUCAAUGUCUCCAGCAAACAUUAAAAUGCAGAGGAAAAUCUGGAUUGAAGAGCAGACAGUGAAAAAGCAGAUAGAAAGGCAGGAGAGACUAAAGCGAUUCAACCAGCAGCAAAACCAGCUGAUCAAAGAGUGUGAAGCAACACAGUUGCUGGAGAGAGAGAACCUUAGGCUUUUAAUGAGACAAAAACUUCUUCUCUGUUCCAGUGUGUCACCGGAACAGGAUGGUGGAGACAGGAAUUGGUGGCAACAACAACCAAAUAUUCAUAUUAAUAACGCUAAGUACAUUAUGAUUGGCAAUGACUCUCAGAUGACGGUGGAUAUGGGUGGAGGUGUGGACAAAGAUAAUUCAGUUUCCAGAGACGAGGAGCAAUAAUAUGAUAAAAUAAUGAUAUGGCGAGGAUAAGCUGACAUUUUCUUGAAUCAAUUUAUUUGUAGAAACAGAGAGAAACGAUUUGCAAUGUUUUCUGAACACUAAAACGUUAGCACCGUAAGCACCACUGUGGACUGUUCACUGCAGAUUGUUUCUCUGUACUUAAAUUUAAACAAUUAAGUGCCAUCUGAUGUGAGACGAAAAAUUUAAGACAGUCUGUUGAGUAGAACAGGGGCUUUUCAAAUGAAUAUUUAGCAAAAGACUGCCAUCUAAUGACUGGUGUGUGGUACAUACAUCCUGAUCUCAAAUGCUGUAUGAACCCACUUUAGACACUAGGGAGCAAUGCUGUCACAUGCUCCUUAUCAGAAUCAGACUUAGAAUCAGAAUUCCUUUAUUUAUCCCCAAGGGGAAAUUCUUCUUUCUUACAGACAUUGUAAUUUUCCCAAGCAAGAAAAUGAAAAGAUGGGAACAAAAAUUUUUAGAUAGAAAUAGAAAAAAUAUAAAAUAAAAUGAAAUAUAAGAUAUUUACAUAUAUAUUUCCAGGGUAAUCCAGGGUACAAUGUUCAUGUGUCCGUUACAGUUCUGUAGUUUAAUGGCGACAGGCAGGAAUGAUUUUAUGUGUCGCUCUGUUUUGCACCGUGGGAGUAAGAGUCUCUUACUGAACGAGCUCCUGUAGCUGAUCAGCACACUGUGGAGAGCGUGAGAGGGAAAGUCCAGUAUAGUCCUUAUUUUGGACAAUAUCCUCCUCUCAGACACCACUGUCAGAGAGUCCAGUUCCUCUCCCUCAACAUGGCUGGCCUUCUUGAUGAUGCUGUUAAAGUUUGUUAUUGUUCCUCAGCUUUAUGAAGCAAUUUUUAUUCCAGUUCUCACUAUAAUUCCAUCAAUAUGGAGAUUGAUGCUAUAAAUGACACUUGAAGUCUCUUACUGUGUAUGUAUAUACUUGUUUCCUAUUUGCUCUUACUCGUAUUUGCCUUUAAUCAGUGGUGGAAGAAGUAUUCAAAACUUUUACUUAGGUAAAUCUAAUAGUACUGCAAAGGAAAAAAAUGCUCAAUUAUUGAUUAAACAUUCUGUAGUCAAACCUACUAGACAAGUUAAAAUGAACAAGUAUUAAAAUUAAAUGUGUGUGGUGUUAAAAUAAAUUUAAAAAAAACAUUUAAGUGUAUUUUAAUGUUCUUCAUGUUUGCGAAUCUAAAAUUUAAAAAUAAAAAUGUCA